AUGUGAGGGCGCUCUUUAUCUAGCAUCGCAUGCAUCGACCGAUUUGUGUACUGUACGUACGUGAACGUACGUGCAGCGCCAGCAGAUGUCUCCUUAAAAAAAUAAGACAAUUUAUUUGUAUUCUUGAGGCAUUCUUGAGGAAAGUGAGUAACUAUGGCGUCUCGUGGAGGGCCAAGAGCUGCAGGAUCCGAUGGCAGCGAUUUUUCACACAGAGAACAAGUUGCCAGUCGGUAUCAGGCAAGCACGGCCUUGAAAGCCAAACUGAAGGUGUGCGCCUACGUCAACCUGUUUGUCUGCCUGCCCGUGGCUCUCUUCAUUAUCAACUCGCAUCUUGGCCUUGUGAGCCUGCCCGAUGAGACAGGUCCCCAUCUCAGCCACUACCUGCUCCUUGCGACUUGCCUCUCCUCCGUCUUGUACCUCGCCUCCCUGCCUCGCAAUAAGAAACUCAUGGUGCAGCUGGCCAAUGUGGUCGUCGUGGGUUGCGGACUGGGUGGUGCGGCGUGGGGACUCUAUUCCUAUUUCUGGAUUCUCAAACCGCUCCUCCUCAAGGGGGAGUUCAGGAUGAUAUUGCAGUCGCCGAUGGUUCUACCUUUGGCCUGGUUCAUUGUGUUUAUGAUUAAGAUCCUUCUCUACAGUCAGACGCUGUACUACGCAAGGCAGUUGAUGGGUACAUGGGACACUAAAAAGACCAAGUGAUUACAAAAUCGAAUAAUUGAGCUGAUUGUGAACAAAACAGAACAGGAAUAAGUUUAAAAAGCAUUGGGUGUCUUUAACAUUCAUCUUUUAUGUAUGCGUGUUUCCUUUUAUAUAUGUUAAACUGGUUUUUAAAUUGCGAAAUAAAUUUUGGACAUGCAAAUAUAAAAACAAAAUUUGUUUGAAAAAUGAUUUGGGGUUUAUUCAAAUAAUACCACACAGUAAUGAAAUACUUGCACCAUACUUCAUCUUUUUUAUCAAUCGGAAAGUCUCAAAUUUAUUCAUUAAUACUGUUUUUGUCAGAAGUGAGAGAAUUUCAGAAUAAAAGUAAGAAAGUGGGUCGCCUACAUGAUCAUGAUUUGUACUUGAUAUUUAGUGAUUUUUAAAGGCACUUAAUUCAAUGUACAUGUAUUGUAAAUGUUCCUGUGCUUUAAAAACAAGAAGACGAAUUGGAUAAUUCUUUGCUAUAAUUGACAAAUGUAACUUAUUUAUUGUAACUUGAAAUAAAAAAACAACCAAUGUCUCAAAAUAAUUCAAUAAAUUAAGUUGAAUGUCA